GGGUGUUUGUGCUACUUGUGCAGUGAACUGAGCAAUAUCAAAACGAUUUUAAUAUUUUUACACAAUUUUUGUGAAGUUAACAUCAAACCAAAAAAGGAAACAACGCAUUUAUUUUAAUUAUGAGUGAUGACAAACAGUUUUGGACCGAAUUCCUUGAACUUUAUAAAGAAUCACCUUCAUUAUGGCUAAUAAAAAGCAAAAAAUAUAGCAACAGAAUAAUGAAAGCUGAAGCACACGAAAAAUUAGUUUUAAAAUUAAAAGAAAAAURUCUCGACGCAAACAGAGAUAUGGUGGUUAAAAAAAUUAAUACAUAUAGGACAACAUACAGAAAAGAAUUCAACAAAGUGCAAAGAAGCAAAAAGUCUGGAGCUGGAUUUGAGGAUAUUUAUGAGCCAACAUUACGGUUCUAUAAUAUUCUAAAUUUUCUCGAGAAUCAAGAGGAAAGUGCACCUARCACAUGUUCAAUGGAAUAUGAUAGUUUAGAAGAGACUCCACCAAAAACAUUAACAACACAACAUAGACUAAAAAACCUUAAAAUUACCGAGGAAGAUAAUUUAAUUAAAAUAGCGUGCAAACACCUGAAAUCACAAAAUAACAGUAACCAACAAAACAACAAUGACCCAGAUGAUGUGGUUGCCAGUGUAUUGGCGCGUAAAUUAAUAUCGGAU